AUGGCAGACAAUGCUACACGCCACUACAUCUCAUCUUUCUUCCUCAUUGGUAUUCCUGGUUUGCAAGAUUUUCACUGCUGGAUUGGCCUUCCUGUCUGCCUCUUGUUUGCCCUCACUCUGCUGGGGAACAGUGUCAUCAUUGUUACCAUUAAGCUAGAGCCAAGCCUCCACCAGCCUAUGUAUGUCUUCCUUUGCAUGCUGGCAAUGAAUGACGUGGCUCUUGCAUUGUCCACAGCUCCCAAGAUGCUUGGCAUCUUCUGGUUGGAUGGCCACUGGCUUGACUUUAAUCUCUGCCUAGCACAAAUGUACUUCAUCCGCACAUUUUGCAUAGUUGAGUCAGCCCUCCUAGUUGCCAUGGCCUUUGACCACUAUGUAGCUAUUUGCAUCCCUCUGCGUUAUACAACUAUCCUAACUACACCCAUGGUAAUCAAGAUGGGGUUAAUUGGUAUAACUCGAGCUGUACUUAUGGUUUUUCCCGGUCCUUUUCUCAUUAAGAGACUUCCCUAUUACUCUAAAUAUGUCAUCAAUCAUGCAUAUUGUGAGCACAUGGCUGUGGUGAAGUUGGCUAAUGCCAAUACCCAUGUUAACAGAGCAUAUGGUAUCUCUGUGGCCCUUUCAGUGAUGAUGUUGGACCUAGGUCUUAUAGCCACAUCCUAUAUCAAAAUCCUCCAGGCAGUCUUCCGUCUCUCUUCCCAGAAUGCCCGCUCUAAAGCACUGGGCACCUGUGCUGCCCAUGUCUGCACCAUACUCGUUUCCUACACCCCUGCACUGUUCAGCUUCCUAACUCACCGCAUUGGCAAGAAGGUACCCCCAAGUGUCCACAUAAUUUUUGCAAGCGUGUACCUUGUAGUGCCCCCCACAGUCAACCCGCUAGUCUAUGGUGCCAAGACCAAGCAGAUUCGUGACCAAGUGGUGGGUCUCUUCUUACCCAACAGAAAAAAUUCCAAAAACUGA